AUGCCAGCUGUCCUGCUGACUGCUCUCCUGGCUUUGGUCUCAGUGCCCAGGACCCAGACAGUGUGGCUGGGGAGGCUGGACCCCCAGCAGCUGCUGGGGCCCUGGUAUGUUCUUGCUGUGGCCUCGGGCGAGAAGGGCUUUGCGCUGGAGAAGGCCACGAAGAACAUCGAGGGCGUUGUGGUGACCCUGACCUCAGAAAACCACCUGAGAAUGCUGUCCUCCAGGCACCGGCUGGAGAGGUGUGACGUGAACGUGGUAGAGCUGCUGAGACAGAAGCCCGGGUGGGCGUUUGACAACCCCUCCCUGGGCGUGUUGGACUACCGGGUGCUAGGCACCAACUUCAGGGACUACGCCAUUGUGUUCACGCAGCUGGAGUUCAAGGACGAGGCCUUCAGCACCGUGGAGCUGUACAGCCGGACGGACCUGGCCAGCCAGGAGGCCAUGCGCCGCUUUGCCAGAUGGAGCAAGGGUCUGGGCUUCCUGUCCCAGCAGCAGGCCGUGCUGCAGCAGGACCUCACCUGUGCGCACAAGGCUUUCCAGGGAAGCUGCCUUCCCGAGCAUCACCCCAGACCUACAGCCCCGAGCCUCGCCGUGACUGCGGCAACCUGCACGGGGGACAGUGCCUGCUGA